GGAGGAGAGAGGCGGCCUCCACGUUGCGCAAGGGGCGGCGCUGCGGCAGGGUACGCACGGCCUCUACCCAGCUGAAUUCGGCCGCUACUCCAGGCUACCUCUCGGCUCUGCAGCGUGGAAGGCGGAAGGACAUGGCUGGCCAGGUUAUAAAAUGCAAGGCUGCUGUGGCCUGGGAAGCUGGCAAACCUCUUUCUAUAGAGGAAAUCGAAGUUGCACCACCAAAAGCUCAUGAAGUUCGAAUUAAGAUUCUUGCCACUGCUGUUUGCCAUACUGAUGCUUAUACUCUGAGUGGAGCAGAUCCAGAAGGAUAUUUUCCAGUGAUUUUGGGACAUGAAGGAGCUGGAAUUGUGGAGAGUGUUGGUGAAGGAGUAACUAAGCUUCAACCAGGUGACACUGUCAUCCCACUUUACAUCCCACAGUGUGGAGAAUGCAAAUUUUGUAAGAAUCCUAAAACAAACCUUUGCCAGAAGAUAAGAGUUACCCAAGGGAAAGGAUUGAUGCCUGAUAAUACAAGCCGGUUUACCUGUAAAGGGAAGCAAAUUUUUCAUUUCAUGGGGACCAGCACAUUUUCUGAAUACACAGUGGUGGCUGAUAUUUCUGUGGCUAAAAUUGAUCCUUUGGCCCCUCUGGAUAAAGUUUGCCUGCUGGGUUGUGGCAUUUCAACUGGUUAUGGUGCUGCUAUCAACACUGCCAAGGUGGAGCCUGGUUCUACGUGUGCCAUCUUUGGCCUGGGAGGUGUUGGCUUGGCUGUGAUCAUGGGCUGCAAGGUGGCAGGGGCUUCCCGCAUCAUUGGGGUAGAUAUCAACAAAGACAAAUUUGCAAAGGCUAAGGAGUUUGGAGCCACCGAAUGUAUUAACCCUCAAGAUUUCAAGAAGCCAAUCCAGGAAGUGCUGGUAGAAAUGACUGAUGGUGGAGUUGACUUUUCUUUUGAAUGUAUUGGUAAUGUUGGAGUCAUGCGAGCAGCCCUGGAAGCUUGCCACAAAGGAUGGGGAGUCAGCGUGGUGGUUGGCGUAGCUGCUUCAGGUCAGGAGAUCUCCACUCGUCCAUUUCAGCUGGUAACGGGCCGUACUUGGAAAGGGACAGCCUUUGGAGGAUGGAAAAGUGUAGAAAGUGUUCCAAAAUUGGUGUCUGAAUACAUGUCAAAGAAGAUUAAAGUUGAUGAAUUUGUGACUCACAACCUGCCUUUUGAACAAAUUAAUGAAGCCUUUGAGUUGAUGCACACAGGAAAGAGCAUUCGAAGUGUGUUGAAGAUGUAAAUGCUGAGAGCAGAAUGUGAUCAUAUCUAAGCUACUUGAGCCUCUCUGUAUUAAUAGACAUAAAGCUGAAGAGUGACGAGCACUUCCUCCUGCUUUAGUUAUCUGAUCUUGUGAAUAAUAAUUUUAUAUAAUUCAUGAUAUAACUGUUGAAUGUCAGUAGGAUCACAGAUCUAUUUUCUCAUCUUUACAGGGAUUUUUAUUGAUCUAAUUAUAGGUUGCUUUGAGAUAAAAUGAUUUCUCCACUGCUGUUUUUGUAAAAGCUUUGUUUUUAUUCUCAUAUCUUGCUAAAGGAGACAUUGUAGUCUAGUGUAUAGAGAAGCAGCCUUAAAAGUUGGAAAUUUUGCUGCUGACAUAUACUAGCUUCAGUGUUUCCAGCAAUUCUUUGACAAUAAAUUACAAAUAAUAAUGAUGGUGGUGGUACUAACUAGCAUUUAUGUAGCAGUUUAAGAUUUACAGGCCACUUAACAAAUAAUCUCAUUUGAUCCUCACAACAACCUGAGAGGUAAGUUAGGAAACUAAGGCAGACAGGUUAAGUGACUUACCCAGGGCUAUACAGCUAGUAAGUGUCUAUGGCAGUAUUUGAACUCUUGUCCUUCUGAUUCCAAAUCUGGUACCCUAUGCACUAUGGAACCACCUGCUUAUUUAGAAAUUUAGAAAGGGCCAUAGAAAUUAUCUAGCCCAAUUCUGAUCCCUUUACAAACGAAGAAACAAAAGUGAUGCAAUGGAGUUAGAGAUUCUGGGUUCAAAUCCCACCUCUGCCAGUGUAUUAGCUAUUAAUCUUGGAUAAGUCAUGUCAGGGCUGGACUAGAUAACCUCUAAGGUCCCUUUAUAAUUAUAUGACCUUUUGAUAAGUUUGAUUUUUAAAUAGGGUGAAGUCAAGGGAUCAAAAUGAACAAGACAUGAAGCUAGUUCCUAAGCCUGCCCCAAUAAAAAUGAAAGAGCUGAAAGGGACCUUGAAGGCCAUCAAUUUCAACUGCCACCUUUUACAUGUGAGGAAACUAAGACACAGUGAAGUUAAUGUUCUCGUGGCUAUUAAGGAUCUGAAUUGGCAUUUGAAUACAGGCAUUUUUAACUUCCAAGUCACAACAACAGCUUAUAGCAGGGACUAAAGUUAUCAUUUAAGUUACUGAAGGUAUCCAAGUGACCUAACCACACUACCAAUAUGGUACCACACCAGCUUUUGAGAUAUGGUCCCCCAAGAUCAAUAGCAGAAAGCUUGUAUUCCUAGUCUGACUUUCCUAAGAUUGAUGGAACAGGGCUUUCUCAAGUCCUUAGCAAGAUUCUUCUUUAAAAAUAUAUGAAGACAUUUUCUACUAGACUCAUUAAAAAUAUUACUGGUGACUGUGUUCCUUUGAUAUAUGUUUCUCACGGCUCACGAACUUGGUUUGGCUUUUUUUUUAAAUUAAGAAUUUAUAAGUAUGCAGAUGGUACUCAAUAGCUGGUAUACUUACUUGCAAGCCAUUCUCUCAAAAUAAAAGAAUUUUUUAGUUAUACUGAAUUAAAACAAAUAUUGGUUCUAUGGGAGGAGUGUUAAUUCAAAGGCAAAUAAAUUUUUUAGUUAUG